GUUGCUAUGUGAAAGUUUGUAACAGAAAAUUGUGGUUAUCAUCUUGUCACUUUCCUGGUAUAGAAAACCGAAAAUUAUUAAAUGGAUUUAUAGCGUUUUGGAACCAAACUCUUCAUGAUGUUUUGGGCGCAGUUUGUAACACUGACACCUAGUGGACAUUUAGUGAACGACCACUAAACUACUUUGCUUACGUUUAUCAACCACGGAAACAUUUAUUGAGAAGAGAAACCGAAACUACUGAAGAGUUUUUGAACGCGUCACUGUAUUUGUGCAGUCAGUAAAAUGGCGGAAGCGACUCUUUCAGUGUCUCAGGAUCAGUUUAUCUGUUCAAUCUGUCUGGAUUUACUGAAGGAUCCAGUGACCAUUCCCUGUGGACACAGUUACUGUAUGAGCUGUAUUACAAACUGCUGGAAUCAAGAUGAUCAGAAGAGAAACUACAGCUGCCCUCAGUGCAGACAGACCUUCAAUACAAGACCUGAUUUAAAUAAAAAUGUGGUGUUUGCUCAGAUGGUGGAGAUGCUAAAGAAGACAAAACUUCAGACUGAUCGAUCUGCUGUCAGUUCUGCUGGACCUGAAGAUGUGGAGUGUGACGUCUGUACUGAGAGAAAACACAAAGCUGUCAAGUCCUGUCUGGUGUGUCUGAACUCUUACUGUCAAACUCACUUUGAAAGACAUGAAGAACUUCAAUCAGGUAGACGACACAAAGUGAUUGAUGUGACAGGACGACUUCAGGAGAUGAUCUGCUCUCAACAUGACAAACUCAUCGAGGUUUACUGUCGCACUGAUCAGAGAUGUAUUUGUUAUCUGUGUGCGAUGGAUGAACAUAAAAAUCACGACACUGUAUCAGCUGCAGCAGAGAGAACUGAGAAACAGAGAUUACUGGAGGACAAGCAGAGAAAACUCCAUCAGAGAAUCCAGGAGAAAGAGAAGAAGCUUCAGGAUCUAAGAGAGGCUGUGAAGAUUCACACGAUCUCUGCACAGACAGCAGUGGAUGACACUGAGAGGAUCUUUACUCAACUGAUCCGAUCCAUUGAGAGAAGACGAUCUGAGGUGAUACAACUGAUCAGAGAUCAGGAAAAGACUGCAGUGAGUCGAGCUGAAGAUCUCUUGAAGAAACUGAAGCAGGAGAUUGAUGAUCUGAGGAGGAGAAAUGAUGAGAUGGAGAAACUUUCACAAACAAAAGAUCACAUCAGUUUCCUUCAGAGUUUUCAGUCUCUCUCUUCAUCUCCUGGAUCUUCAGACAACAUCACUGUCUCUUCUCGUCUCUCUUUUGAUGAUGUGAUGAAAUCUGUCACUAAACUGAAAGAAAAGAUGGAGGAUUUCUGUAAAGAAGAGAUUGAUAAGAUAUCUGAGAAAGUUUCAUUCACUGAAAUUAUUACAAAUGAACCCAAGAUCAGAGAGGAGUUCCUACAGUAUUUCAGUCUCUUCUCUCUGGAUCCAAACACAGCACACAGACGUAUCUGUCUUUCUGAGGAGAACAGAACGGCUACUCGCACUAGGACAUUUCAGCCGUAUCCUGAUCAUCCAGACAGAUUUGAUGAUUGGUCUCAGGUGUUGUGUAGUGAGAGUUUAUGUGGACGCUGUUAUUGGGAGAUUGAAUGGAGUAGUGAGGUGUAUAUAUCAGUGUCAUAUAAGAGCAUCAGCAGGAAGGGAGGAGGUUAUGAGUCUGCAUUUGGAUAUAAUGAUCAGUCCUGGAGUUUAAUCUGUUCUCCCUCUCAAUGUUCAUUCUGGCACAAUAAUAUAGAGACUAAACUGCCAGUAGUCUCCAGUAAAAUAGGAGUUUAUGUGGAUCACAGUUCAGGAUCUCUGUCCUUCUACAGCGUCUCUGACACAAUGACCCUCAUCCACAGAGUCAACACCACAUUCACUAAACCUCUCUAUCCUGGGUUUGGGUUUUACUUUUAUGACUCAACAGUGAAACUAUGUGAUCUAACAUUAUAAAUGAUACAUGCUUAUACUGGUUAAUAUACACAAGCGUCACCUAAACCAGUUUAUAUAAUUUGACAAAUCAAAAGAUAAAUUAUAUUUGAAUAUAAAUGAACAAUAAACAUUAAGAAGUCUUUAUCUUUACAGACUAAAACUAAAAUAACAGCCUCAUGCAAAGCAUUCUGGGAAACAAAAUCUAAAGCAAAAAAUCGUAAAAGGUUGAUGAUGAUUUCUGGUUCCCAGAAUGUUUUCCAUGAGGCUGUAAUUUUAUAGUUUUAUUCUGUAAAUAAAGAUUUGUUAAUGUUUAAUGUUCAUUUAACUUUGAACAAACUCUUGCCAGUAAAUAACAUCAAUUUAAAUCUACAGUAGGUUACUGCCAAACAGCUGCAAGUAUCACUGUAAUUUCUACAGAAUUUAGAUUUUUCUGUCUAGAUUGUCCGUCUAACUUUAGUCAGCAAACAUUAUGCAGUGCACUUGAUAUACAUCAUUCUAAAUAUAUACAAAGUCUAAUUUACGUCUUUUAGUUUUUAAACAGAAUUAAAGCGCUGUUUUUGAAAAGUGUGUAAGAAUACGAGCUUUAAAGGAAAACACAGUUUUUCAAUAUAUUACUAUGUUCUUACCUCAACUUAGAUUAAUUAAUACAUUCCUAUCUUUUUUCAAUGCGUGCACUUAAUCCAUUCCAUUACAUUGUUUAAAAUAAAAAUGAAUUCUUCAUAAAAAUUAUCUUUAGCAUUUGGUGGUCUGUACAACACGAUAACAUUGAAUGACAUUUCAAGGCAAGGCAAGUUUAUUUGUAUAGCACAUUUCAUACACAGAGGUCAUUCAAAGUGCGCUACAUAGAAAUGAGAAAACAAUAUAUAAAGGGAAAUUUCAGGAGAUCAAUUUAUUGUAACACCAAUUCCUUCAAUUUCAUUAUCAAAAUCGUAGUUCUCCUACAAUAUGGGUAUGAAAAAAGAUCUUUCUAAAGACAAAAAGUGUGAAUUAUCUUAAAAAAGCAAAUUACUUCCUAUAACAGUUUAUAUUUGUUGGAUCUAAACAGUAUAUCACUGAGAUAUUUCAGAGAUCAGCUGUCACACAUUGUUUUUUUUU